AUAUAUAUUGGCGUUCAUUCCUCAUUUUACGUCGAUCCCAAUAUCCUUCCACAUUUUCAGAACCCUUUUUUUUUCUCCCUCGUCGUUCAUUUGGGGUGGGAUGGGUAACUCAUGAGAGAAGGAAAAAAAAGAAGAAAAAAAAAGAAGAAGGUAGGAUAGAAGGAUGAGCAGCGAGUUCUACAGAUUCGCAGCGGUUUCAUCGCACUUGGGGAACUUGCCGAAAUCGUUCUCGCUCCGAAAGAAGGUGCCAUGGUGGUACCAAAUCCUGGACCCUCGGUCGAAGUUCGUGGCGCAGUGGAACCGCAUGUUCCUGUACGUGUGCAUCGCAGCGCUGUUCCUGGACCCUCUCUACUUCUACUUCCCCAUCACGGGGGACCAAGCCUGCAUGCAGACCGACAUCACGCUCGGCAUCUUCGUCACCUUCUCCCGCACCGUCGCUGACCUCUUCUUCGUCUUCCACAUGUUCCUCAAGUUCCGCACCGCCUUCAUCUCUCCCAAUUCCCGCGUCUAUGGCCGCAAAGAACUCGUCACUGAUCCUCACCAAAUCGCCUCCCGCUACCUCAAGUCUAACUUCAUCAUUGAUCUCCUCGCCACCCUCCCUCUCCCUCAGACAGUGGUUUGGCUCGUGAUUCCGUCACUAAAAAAUUCAACGGUGGCUCAUGUAAAUCACACCCUGUCCUUGAUUGUCCUCAUUCAGUUUAUUCCUCGGUUGUUUCAGAUUUUUCCUCUGCAACGGAGAAUCUUGAAGACUAGUGGCCUCAUUGCCAAAACUGCCUUGGCAGGGGCUUUAUACAAUCUUGGUUCCUACAUGCUAGCCAGCCAUGUUUUAGGAGCUUCAUGGUACGUGUCAUCAAUUCAGCGUCAGUACGAGUGUUGGAGAAUCACAUGCAAAAAGGAGAUGAACAGAACGCACUCUCCAUCUUGUAAUCCUUCUUUUCUGGACUGUGGUACCAUGCUACAACGCGAGAGGCAAGCUUGGUUCAAACGCACCAGACUUCUCACCAACUGCGAUGCCCUCAACGAUAAAAACCAGUUUCAGUUUGGAAUGUUCGCUGACGCUUUCACUGAUCACGUCUCUUCAGCCCAUUUCUUCCAAAAGUACUUUUACUGCCUCUGGUGGGGUUUGAAGAAUCUAAGUUCAUAUGGACAGAAUCUUCAAACUAGCACUUACAGUGGUGAAACAUUAUUUUCGAGUUUCAUAUGCAUCGCUGGUCUUAUUCUGUUUGCUCAUCUCAUUGGUAACAUGCAGAAUUAUCUGCAAUCUAACACUGCAAGAGUAGAAGAGUGGAGACUUAAACAGAAAGACACAGAAGAGUGGAUGAAUCACAGGCAGCUUCCACCAGAAUUGCAACAACGUGUUCGCCGAUUUGUUCAAUAUAAAUGGCUUGCCACGAGAGGAGUAGAUGAAGAAGCCAUUUUGCGUGCUUUGCCUUUGGACAUUCGACGCCAGAUUCAGAGGCAUCUCUGUCUUGACAUUGUUCGUCGGGUCCCAUUUUUUGGUCAAAUGGACGACCAACUUCUAGACGCGAUAUGUGAACGCCUGGUUUCAUCCUUGAACACAAAAGACACGUACGUGGUUCGUGAGGGUGAUCCCGUGAGAGAAAUGCUUUUCAUCAUUAGGGGCCAAGUAGAGAGUUCCACAACCGAUGGUGGCAGAACAGGGUUCUUCAACUCCAUCACUCUCAGACCCGGUGACUUCUGCGGCGAAGAAUUGCUAACUUGGGCCUUGAUGGCCACUUCAAGUCUCAACCUUCCAUCCUCCACUCGAACGGUGAAGACCAUCACCGAAGUCGAGGCAUUUGCUCUCAGAGCCGAGGACCUCAAAUUCGUGGCUAGCCAGUUCAAGCGCCUCCAUAGCAAGAAACUGCAACAUGCUUUCAGGUACUACUCGCAUCAGUGGAGAGCUUGGGGUGCUAACUUCAUACAAGCUGCAUGGAGACGCCACCGCAAGAGAAAGUUGGCAAUGGAGUUGUUGGACAAAGAGAACUUGUACUACUCGAACGUGGUGGAGAUAGAAGAAGAGGAAGUUGAUGAAGAAGAAGCUCGUGCUGCUGGGAGUUCAAUUGGGACUACUCAUUUUCAGAAUCUUGGGGCUACGGUUUUGGCUUCGAGAUUUGCUGCAAACACUAGGAAAGGAAUGGUUAGAAAGGUUACUAUUAAGAUUCCUGAUGCUGGCAAUUUGAAGAUGCCCAAGAUGUUCAAGCCAACGGAACCUGAUUUCUCAACAUUCCAAGAUUAGCUUAAGUCUCCUGAGGAUCGUGUUAAGACUGGCGGCAUGAGUCAAUCUUGAUUCCUUUCUCUUUGUAUCUAUGUAAUCGUACAAAAACAAAAACAAAAAUUCUUAGUAGUUUAAUCU